AUGUCAAACAACGUUCCCGACUUUACCGAGUUCCAACUCGAUCCCUUUCAUUUGACAGCUGAUUCGGGCACACCGGCUCCUCAUCGUUUGAGGGAAGCUCGAAGGUCGUUUGCAUUGUAUCUGGAGCCCGCAAAAGACACCGCUUUCCAGCGUUCAUUGGAGACGUUUCAAGAACGAUCUUUUACAGAGUUUGGGCCUAAUCAAGCACACAAUUCUGCACCUCAUAUCUCCAUUCUCAGUCGUGUCCAUAUCGAAUGUGGCAGCGCAACCAAUGAUCAUGAACACAACAAGUGGGAUGCUGUGGAUGAUUUCGUAUCAACGGUCCAACAGCAAUUAAGCUCUAUUCAGCUGCCACCACCUGUCUUUUGUGGUUAUGAAGUGUCUCGUGCUGCAUUGACAAUGCGUUUCCGCGUGGAUCCACAAUAUGCAGCUCUUGCCAAACGCAUUCAAGCCAAAUGUAAGAGUCGCUGUAGUGCACUUGAUGUCAGCCCUAUGGAUAGAGUCGAUCUCGCUUUCAAUGUGCUACGUCCCAUGCCCAAGCAGACAUUACGUCGACUACGUGAUAUGGCCAAGGAAACCAUCCAAAUCGAAAUUGGUGGUGCAUGGCAACUCACUCUUUACGAAGUCAUCCUUGAAAGCCGCGUUGUAGGUGUACGUCAACAAGUAACACCUGUGAAAUCAUGGCCUGUACGUCCCUCGCCUCCCACAAAAUCAUCUUCAUUCCUGCCAAUGGCUUUCCGUCUCAAGUUGGCUGUCCUCUCAAGUUGGAUGCGUUGGUCAUCAGUGAAUCCUGAUUUAUUGAUUGAACAGAGCAAGGAAGAUCAUAUCAGCAAACCACCCACCACUACUACGACCACUGUACAAGCAACAGCACAGUAG